CAGUUCGCGCUCCCAGUGUUGCCUGUGUAGCUCCCAAUGCCAACGUGUCUGCUUCCCUUUCAGAUCUACCCACCAAUCAAUGUGCUCCCCUCACUUUCCCGCCUGAUGAAAUCAGCUAUUGGGGAGGGGAUGACUCGCAAAGACCACGCCGACGUGUCCAAUCAGCUGUACGCCUGCUAUGCCAUUGGAAAGGAUGUCCAAGCUAUGAAGGCCGUGGUGGGUGAAGAGGCUUUGACCUCUGAUGACCUCCUGUACCUGGAAUUUCUGCAGAAGUUUGAGAAGAACUUCAUUGUCCAAGGACCUUAUGAGAACCGGUCAAUCUUCGAUUCCCUGGACAUUGGGUGGCAGCUGCUACGGAUUUUCCCGAAGGAGAUGCUGAAGAGGAUUCCGGGGAAUAUUGUGUCUGAGUUCUAUCCGCGGGAGUCCCGGGAGAACAAGGAGGAGAGCAGCACCCACCUGUGAGGACCUCCCACCCAACCCCACCCCACCCCACCCCACCCCACCCCACCCCACCCCCUACCUCUCCCUCGCUGACAAUCUGCCCCCUUCUUCAAGGCCAGGAAACAUCCUCUGUCUGCUUCCCUCACUCAUCCCACA